AUGUGUCCACCUCGAUCCUGCCGUCGCAACAACCACCACAACCAACCACCAAACGCUCUCUUUUACGUCAACAACAACAACAACAACAGCAACAACAACAACAAAAUUAACAGUAAUAACAAUAAUAACGACAAGUACAAUGAAAACAGUACCAAUUACAUCAACGACAACGAUAAAAAUGUUAGCAUGUGUUUUAUAAUCUAUUGCUAUAACCAGCGCAGUAUCAAUAAACACAACGACAUCAACAGUUUCUACAACAUCAAUAACAAUUAUAACAUCAACGUCAACAACAAAAGUAGUAACAUCAACAACGUCAACAUCAGUAACAACAAUAGCAGCAACAGUAGCAGAAGCCACAAAAGUAAGAGAUGCAUUGAAGAGAUUUACAGUAGUGAAGUUGUGGAGGGUUGCAGAUUGGCGAAGAAAUGUUUUUAUAAAAAUUGCGAUGUGGACGGAAAUUUCAUUAGAAGAAUUUUUACGAGCCAGAACAUUGCCGAGCAUUUGAAGACAAACAAGAACAAAAUAAAUAAACGGAAAUGUUUCUACUCGAGCAAUAGCCACAACUUUUAUAAAAACUGCAGCAGCCACAACAGCCACAACUUUGAUGGCAACUACAAAAACUACAACAACCACAGUCGAAAAUACAAUCACGACAACAUUAAGGGCAACAACGACAAAAAUUACAACAACUACAACAACGACAGAGUUAUAAAUAGCGACAAAUUCAACGGCAAGAUUGUUGCAAAUAUUUCCAGCCAGUAUUGCAACAACAAAACCAACAUCAAGCACAUCCACAAAUUAAACGGAGAUAACAUCAACAUUGUAGACGUUAACGCUAUCGACAACAUCAACAAAAACUCUGUUAAUGACAUUAGUGUCACCAGCAGAAGUUGCAAAAUUAAUGUGAUAAAUAAUAUUAAUCAAAUAAGCGGUGCUCUGAAUUUAAAUGAUUACAAAAACGUAAACAAAAUCAACAAUAAAAUUAACGAUAGUAACAUCAAUAACAAAACCAACAACAUCAACAAAAAUAACCUCAAAAACAACAACAACAACAACACUAAAAACGUGAUAGACAGAAGCUACACUAACCACAUCAGCAACAACAAUAACAUUAACUGCGUCAACUACAACAGCAACAACGACAAUAACAACAAAGUAAACAACAGUAGUUACUCACACAACAUUGGAGACGACUAUUAUUUAAAUGGUAACAGCAUUAUUUACACUGGUAAGCCCAUAAACAAGCAGAGCUCCAUAAAUAAUACUAGAAACAUCAUAAACUACCGCGCCGCAACCGACAACAUUAACGUCAACACCAAAGAAAACAUUAACAACGUCAAUAACUCAAACAACAAAAACAACAACAUUAACAACAACCAAAACCGUAGAAAUAUAAACAGAAACAAAAACAGCUGCAACCAAUCUAACAACAACCACCUUAGCAUAAACAAUAAAUACAACGAGCAAAGCUUCAACAGUCAAAAAAUUCAUUGCAGCCUCAGCGGUAACCACAACAACCACAACAACUCCAACAACAUAAUCAACAACUGCAACAACCAAAACAACCAUCGAAAAAGCAACAAUAACAACUUAAAUAUUUACAACAGUUACAACAACCACAACAGUAACAAAAGCAACCACAACAGUAACAACAGCAACCACAACAACUGCAGCGACUUAGUUCUGAACACGACAAAAUAUUUAAAGGCAAUAUUUUGUUUAUUAGUUUUACUGAACAUUACACAACAAUGCCAAGCUGUCUGGGGAAGUACAGAACAGCGAACCUGCAAGCGCAUAAUCAUACUGCAUAUAUACUUUGAAUGGUAA